AUGACAGCCUCGGCACCUCCUUACACACACAUCUUCUCCCAAACAAAGCAGAACGUAGAGUUUUUGAUUUCCCAAAAACAGUUAUCUCAGAAUGAUGGUCAAGAUAUUCUGAACAAGCUUUCUGCAGCAUUUGAAACUCCCAGCAGCGACAAGUCAGCGCCGUCUCCGAUCUUGUCGCGAGCUAGAGCACUUUGGGGAUUUAACGAAGCCAGACAGGACCCAAACGAUCUUUCCUUCCGGGCUGGUGAUAUCAUCGACCUCAUUGAAGACAAAAAUCCGGACUGGUGGACAGGUCGGUGCAAUGGGAAGGAGGGAGUAUUCCCUUCCUCGUAUGUGGAGAAAUUGCCGAGGGUGACCACUCCCCCUCGCUCAAAUCCCUUCCCCUACCAAGAGAAAUUCCCAGUGACACCCGUUGUCCCAGCUCCGCUGCCACCAUACCCUCCACCAAGCCAGUACCAAGGACCGCCAAACCAGUAUCAGGCGCCACCAAAUCCAUAUUAUCAAGGUUCGGGUCAAGGUAAUCCGUAUCCCCAAUAUGGGGCGCCCCCUCCGCCUUCCAGGCCAAGCACCGUUAUUGUGGAACAACAGCAACCUCCGAAGAAACAUAAGUUCGGUGGAAGUUUAGGAAACACGCUGGCACAUUCAGCCGCAGGUGGUGUAGGAUUUGGAGCAGGGUCUGCAAUUGGCGGAGGUAUCAUUGACGCAUUGUUCUGA